AUGGAGAGGGACUGGCACCUGAACUCUAAAGGGAUCUUUAUCAAACUUCUGCCCGAUGGUACAAAGGACAGCGAUUUGUUUAAACACUUCUCCAAAUUUGGUUUUAUCACCGAAAUCAACGUCCUGCGGAACCCGAGCAAGUCGCGAACAGUCGGCUGUGGCUUCGUCACAUUCCUCGGAAUGGACUCAGUAAGGAGAGUACUUGACUCUAAACCACACCUGUUUGGUAGAAAACGGAUCAUCAUACGCGUGGCAAGAGAAAAGCGGUCGGAGAUCGAUGGUUGUAUGUCUCAUCACAGGCCGCGUUACUGUUGGCCCAUCGGCCUGAAAGAUGCUCACCGCGUGCUUCAUGGAGGAAAAAAAUUCUUGCAUUCUAAGGAUGACAAGCUGAGCGAAGAUGUCUCUUCCCUGUCCUCCGACCAGCUCACAAUAUUUGUCGGCUGCCUGAAACCCGAGGUAACUGAAGGCAACCUCACAGCCUAC